GCAUCCGGAGCGGCCUGAACAAUCCGGAAGCUCCUACAAUGACCAUCAUAGAGCUCCUGAGUUCCAUAACACCUAUCAUAUUCACAACACUACUAUCAGUGAUUUAACAACUACAGAAAUUUUGAGAGCGUUUGUGGGUGUAAACUUGACCACUACUUCCAGUCCUAAGCAAGGAGAAAUUCGGAAAUAGCUCAGUGCGGCAGACCUGAAAAGCAUAAGACGAAGGAAGAGACCUGCCCCUGGCACUUGCCAAUGUAUUAACUCCAAGGCAGAUUUUAUGGAUUGGAAGAUACGCAAGAGUCCAGGAUUUCUGUGGGUCCAUAGGAUUCCAGGGUGUGGAAAAUCUGUUUUGGCCUCGUCUCUCAUCGACACACUUCAGCCCGACGUCUUCUAUUUCUUCUGCAACAGAAUACAUCCCGACAAAAGGUCUCCCAGUUCAAUUUUAGGAUCUCUCGUCAGCCAGAUACUUGGGUCUGCAACCUUGAAGGCCAAUCCGUCCGUGCUUGACAACGUUGUCAAUAACAUUUGGGAAGUAUGCGAGAUGUACCCAGAUAUGAAUAAAACAUCAGUCGACACACUCUGGAUAAUAUUCGAAGCACUCUCGACCAUUUACAAACAAGAAUAAUAAUUAUUGAUGCGCUAAAUAAGUGCAACUUAGAUAGGACAGAUCGAAACUUUCCAUAAAAAGGCUUAUUCGAGUCCAAACCCGGUUCCCGUUAAUUAGGGUGCUAGCUACCUCC